GUAGGAUUAAAAGAAUAUAUAUUUUUUCAGAGAAAAGAAGAAAAAAAAAUCCGCUCGUUGCAUAAUCAAUUCAUAACUGAGAAGCAUCCCCGCUCUCCGGCAUGACAACAAUCGGAUUCCGCCUUACCCCGGUUCGUGCCGCCGUGUCACCACCUUCUCCACUUUCUCAAAAUCCUAACAAUGAUCCAUUCCAAGAAAGCCAACCACCGCGCCAUCAACUUCCGAUUACAACAUCUCGCAGAGGCCUCACCAUGCUCUCAUUUAUCUCUGCGGUGCCGUCUCUGUUUCUACCCGCUCCCGCCACUGCUUUCAAUAUCGGCAUUUCAGGACCAAAGGAUUGGCUGAAGGAGCAGAAGAAGAAGGCCUCCAAAUUCCUCUUGGCACCAAUUGAGGCCUCCAGAGACAGCCUUCAAACAGUUCACCUUUUGCUUUCCAACGAUUCCGAUUACUCAAACAAGGAUAUGGAGGAUGUUCAUAGACUGCUUAAGUCUGCUGCAAGGGAUUGCGUUUUGAAGGACAGGAAUUCGUUUGUUCAAUUUCAAGCGAGCACUGGAGUCGAGGUCUGUACAUUUCAAUUGAUUGUGAAAAAUGCAUCCUCCUUGCUUGGAAACAAAGAUCCUAUAAAACUAGAAGCUGAAAGUCUAUUAAAAGAUCUAGUAAGCUCUUUCACUUUUCUUAAUAGUCUUGCAUAUGAAACUGAUAUUCAAGUCGAUUCCAAUAGACAAAGGGUACUGGACGCACUAAAUGAUACCAUGUCUUCCCUCGACAAAUUUGAGAAGGCAUGUAGCAGGUAGAUGUGGCGUCUGACAUUCAUCCAACUUACUCAAAGAUUUUCAUCUUGUGGAUUGUCUUUAUGGGAUGGACGGUAGCUGAGGCGAACCAGAAGCCUGUACUAAAUACAAGCGCCUGCAGGGUUUUCCACAUCAGGGUGAGUCUGCAUGUCUAGACUCCUAGUACCAACACCGAUUAGGACUCGUUUUGCUAGAAAAGGAAAACAAGAUUUGUUAUUUUUGCUAUUUUGGCUAUGGCUAAGUUCUAGUUCUAACCCAUCUGGCUAUGUUUGGGACCUCUUAAUGCAGUAUGAACUCUAACUGGCACUUUCAAUUUUUGAAUCAAACCAACAAGAAUCACUCCAGAAAUCUCUCUUGCAGUGCUGCUUCGAUCUUUCUUUAUCUUCUCAUGAAGGUUUCUCAGGCUCCAGCUAGUAACUCUGCUAGUGUAUCACGUGCUUCCAAAUUGUUCUUCUCCAAGCGUUGAAGGUAAUCCCACAUUCAGCCUCAAUUUUAGCAUAAACUUCUCGUACACUGUCGGCCAACCAUAUCUGUAAGCUUUAACUCAGACCACCCUGGGUGUCUGGUGAGCCAUUCUCUUUAUCAGUCAUGCUUCUAUUUUAAAACUGGCUUUUAGAAUUGAUAAUAAAUAGGGAAGCAGAUAAAGCACUCUUCUGUUUUUGUAGGAAAAAGGUGUGCGAGAAAGAAAAAUAUAGCAGGAUUUUAAGGGAUAAGGAAAGAGAACCACACACAACCAACGCUUACCCCCACUCUCCCGAAAAAAAAAAAAAAAAAAAAAAACUCAAUUUAAUGAAAAGGGCAAAUUUUGAGUACGUUACAGGUACUUUGGCAGCAUUUGCUAACGAUUACAGCUUGUUUGCAUUUCGUUUACCAUAGUUUGUAUGAAACUUGAAUAAAAAAGUUGCAUUCCUAGCCCAAUUCCAAAAGAAAAAAACAAGUUUUUUUUUUUUUAAAACAUGGGUAAAAAUAGUUAUCAAAAAGCAAGAGAUUUAGAGGUGGAAAAAAUAUUUAUAGGCUUAAUUUUUAAAAAUAAAAAAUGAAAUAGUUACUAAAUAAGGCUUACAUUUUUUAUUUUUGGUUUUUGAAAAUUAAGCAUAUUUUCUCUUAUUUUCUACCAGAUUGAAAUCUUUCUCGUAAAAUUUUUAGCUAAAUUCUAAAAACAAAAAUAAAUUUUUAAAAAUUAUUUUUUUAGGUUUCAAAAGUUUUCAAACUUUGCUUAGUUUAAAAACAAUGUGGAUAGUAAGUAAGAUAACAAAACAAGAAAUCUAGGGGUCUAACCGCGGAAGAGGUGUAUGUAUAUCUUAUUUUAAAAAUUAAAAAUAAAAAAUUAAAUAAUUACUAAAUGAGUUUUUUUUUUUAAAAAAAAUAAUUUUAAAUUUAGAUGACAAAUGUUAUUCUUAUUCUAAUUCUGUGCAUGUGACAAUUGAUAAUCUAGCAUGGGAGUAGUAGGUAAGAUUAAUGUACUACUAGUUUAAGGUGAUUGUAAUAUCAUAUUCAUUUUGUUCACCUUAUCAUGGAAAAGUUUUCAUACUAAUUUCCCUAGUUUUGCCUGAGGACGGGGUAUUGAUUACCACGCCGGCCUAGUCUUGGGGUUGGGAUUGUUUGGUUAUAGCGUAAGAAUCUUACCUCUCUAGUUUGUAUGUUAAUUUAGAUAGUAAAAACUUUUUCCAA